UGACAGAGAAACAUGAAUCUCACAUUGUCUGUUUGGUAAAGGUAUCGCAUUUCCUAGUUGUUUUUGUGCGUGUUUCAUUUUUCUUGUUUGGGAGGUCAUUUCUCUCUACGAUUGUUUGUAAAACUUCUUGUUUUCUUUCGCUGGCUCGUAAAGGAGUUGCUCGCGUUUUUUUGGGUCUGAUUGGAAGCUUUGUCCGUUUGAGUUGGGCUUGUAGAUUGUGAGAGACGGAAGGCAGGGACAGGGGAUAAAAGAUCUUCACAGUUUCCAUGAUUUCGAGGGCUCCACUCGAGCAAAUUUAAAUGACUUCGAGGUUCAAGUCGAAGCAAUUUGAGUAUGUACAAUAUACCGCCAUGAACAACGAACCUGAAAUCGAAUCCGCCUAUGCCGGCCAAGCUGCGAAGCUCUCCCACGUUAAACCGGAGGACGACGAUACUGGGUCUGGGACGGCGAAAAGAGCGGACUAUGUUACGCCAAGGGAUACGGUCGUUGUUAUGGAGGAUGGAGGGCGAUUGCCAGGGCCACCGUUACAGGAGGCGGAGAGAUUGAAUGGGCUUAGAAGGCAAGCAAGGGGAGUGGGUGGUAAUAUGAAUAGUGAGGCCGAAGGGACGGGUGAACUUAUGGACGAGGAGAACAGGCUCGCAGCGGGCGAGGAAGUGCGGAAUUCACAUGAAGAUAGAGGAGAUGACGGGCAAAUCUCAGGCCAAGGCUCCCUUCGACGAGCUAUGCCACCCUCGAAAACGCAUCCUUUAUUCCCACCUCUACCACUAUACGGCCCCUCGUCGAUUACGAGAAGUUUACAAUGUUGGACAUUCAGAACUACGAGCUUUUUCUUGAGCUGCGCAUUUUUGGGGCUUAUUGUAAUGGGAGCAGGAGUUAUGAGUGUGCCAGCCAUUUGCAGGUAUAUUUGGUAUAAAGCUACAUUUAGAGAUCCGGACCGAGGAAGGGUCUUCUACGAUGAAGAGAAGGAACGAGAGAGAAGGAGGAAAGAAGAUGAGAUGAGGUGGAAGAGAUUAAAUCGCCGAAAAUUCUCUCACGAAAAAAUGGAUGAUAAUGAAGAUGAAGCGGGACAAGGAGAGUUUGUACCGACAGAGGGAGGAAAAGAUCCACUGGUUUGUGAUGUGGGAUAUUAUGCACGCAGGGUAGGUCUUGAUGUUGAAGAGGUAAAGGUUCAGACAGAGGAUGGAUUUAUUAUUGUUUUAUGGCAUGUAUACAACCCAAACGAAUAUACUCCUAUGACAGCCGAACAGCGGGCGGCUCGUGGCCCAGAACUAUUUACUGGUCAGGGGCCAAGUCGUCCACUCCCUUCGGCAUCUAAUCACGAACGAAAGUAUCCGGUUCUAAUGAUCCACGGGCUAUUACAAUCAUCUGGUGCUUAUUGCACCAAUGAUGACCACUCCCUGGCAUUCUACUUAUGCAAACAAGGCUAUGAUAUCUGGCUUGGUAAUAAUCGAUGCGGUUUCACGCCAGAACAUACCCUUCUUGAAUACUCGGAUCCUCGUAUGUGGGCUUGGAAUAUUCGGCAGAUGGGUGUGCUGGAUUUGCCAGCACUUACCUCUCGCGUUUUAUCCGAAACAUCUUUCCCCAAACUAGCUCUCAUCGCCCAUUCCCAAGGCACAACUCAAACGCUUGUUGCGCUUGCAAAAGAACAACGUCCAGAAUUAGGCGAAAAGCUAUCUGUGUUCUGUGCAUUGGCUCCUGCUGCAUAUGCAGGUCCUUUAAUCGGGAAGGCUUAUUUCAAAUUUAUGCGCAUGAUCUCUCCUUCAUUCUUUCGCCUCAUUUUCGGUAUUCACGCUUUCAUUCCAUAUAUGAUGACUAUGCACAAAAUUGUACCGGGGAAACUUUUUGGGACUUUGGGGUAUCACGUUUUCCACUUUUUAUUCAAUUGGAGUGAUGCUAGGUGGGACAAAGGAACCAGAGAUCGAAGUUUUCAAUUCGCUCCUGUGUACGUUAGUGCAGAAAGUAUGAGAUGGUGGCUAGGGAGAGAGUGUUUCGCAAAGCAAAAGUGUAUAUUAGCAACAAAAGAGGAGGGUUUACAGGAAGAGGAAGAAGACAGAUGGGUGUCUGGUGAAACAUUGAAUAAUUCAGGUAGUAAUAAUGAGAAAGGGAAAGAGAAGUUAAAGGCUAAAGGAAAGGAAGUGAUGGGCGCAUCGAGGCUGGUCGAGACUGAGAUGCAAUCCGGAGCAGAAAUAACGGAGAAAAAGAGGAGGAGAGGACUCAAGGGAAGUACAGCUUGGUACAAUGAACAAGUUCCACCUUUUGCGCUGUGGGUGGCCGGAACGGAUGAAUUGGUCGAUGGUAGAAAAUUACUUCGGAGAUUCGAGAGGGGAAGAGAACCGUGUGUUAAGGUCGUGCAUCAAAAAGUGAUAGAGGAGUAUGAGCAUUUAGAUGUUAUCGUAAGUUUUCUCCACGGUUUAUUCCUCUUUUCUCUUCCUCGUUCUCUAAUUUCCAGCAUACGUUGUGUAUAUCGUCCACUAACACAAAUCGAUUCGAUAGUGGGCAGUGGAUGUUAUCGAGCAAGUAGGUCGAGAAUUAAAAGAAGUGAUUUGGAAAACGUGUUCAGAGACAGAUCGAAGUAAAUGUCGUGCUCCAUUGGGAUGCGAAGAGGUCGAAGUCUGGGAUGGCGGAGAGAGCUUCGCUGUUUCUGAACGAAUAGACAGCCCAGAAAGUAGUCAAAGUCAAACUGACAGUGAUCAAAUCAUCUGGACAUGAAUGAAAACGAGAGGAAGGUGUAUAAUAGGCGCAAGCCAAAGGCCAUCGAUGGAAAACCAAUAGAAGUUUAUAUAUAGAAAAGGCGAGGAUUUAGAUUACCUUAAGCGGAAAGUAAUGUCGGUGUUUGGGUACUAGUAUAUGAGCACAUGGAUAUAGAUCGGAUGGAUUGCAUUGGGAAGGAUUGGGAUUGGGAUUGGAAGGAGUGAAUGACCUUGAGAUUCACCAGUACUUGGAAUUAUCUCAUCAGCGCAAAUUACCAGGUCGUUCGAUGAUAGUUGUAUACAGUUCGAUAUAUACUACUAAAUAUAAUUAAUAAAUUU